AUGUUGAAAUUAUUUUGUGUUUUAUAUUUAAUAUUUGCUAUACAAGGAAUUGCAAAUUCAACUCGAAAUAGAUCUUCAAUAAAUACUCAAUUUAAAAGAUUAUUCUCACAAUUUACACAGCCAGAUCGAUUUUUUUUACUAGAAUUUUCUAAAAAUAUUAGUGAAACAUGUCGACAAGAUACUAAAACAUAUUUAACAGAUUUAAAUGAUUUAAAAUUAUGGGCGGUGAAAAUGUUUGAUGCAACUGGAAAGUUUUCAUCUGGAUUUUUAAAUGGUAAUGUACAUGUAAGUGGUGAUAUUGAUUUAUGCCAUAGUAUUGUACAUCGCCGUCCAACGUCGAAUGGAGCAAUUAAAGGAAAAUUUUGUCAAGCGAAUAUUUUUGCAGAGAUUUCAUCAACAAAUCAUUAUGAAAUAUCCCAAAUUAUGAAUUUAGUGCAUUCCCAUCGAGCAAUUGUUAGCACAUACGAAGAUGAUAUCCAAUUCUUUCCAACUUUUUCAAAAAUGUCAUGGACAUUUUGUAUACCAUCGUCAUGUACACACAAUGAUCUAGAAAUAUUUCUAAAUGAAUUAAUAAAACCGUACAAUCAUACAUCUGGUUUAGAAGUGAAAAUUAAAGUGGAUUCAGAUGGAUGUGUUGUUUAUUCAAAAACUUUGGAUUUAUUUACACUCCAAUCUUAUGUUAUAUUAGGCAUUAUUUUUAUUGCGUUAACUUUAUGUAUUUUGGGUGGCGUCUAUGAUUAUAUGUACAAUUAUGAAGCAUGUAAUAUUAAAGAACAAUCAUUGCCAAUACAAAUAUUAUAUGCAUUCUCAUUACGCCGAAAUUGGCAAUUAUUAACGAAACUAUCAGAUUCCGAAGAAGAUGACAUCACAUGUGUACAUGGUAUACGUUCAAUUUUCUCAUUAUCAAUAUAUCUGUUGCAUCGAAGCAUAUUUGGUUUAUUUAAACCAUUUACAAAUCGAACCGAUUUAGUACAAAUGAUGGAAGGAGCACCCUCAAUGGUAUUUCGUGCAUUUUGGAAUCAUGUUGAUACAUUUGUUAUAUUAAGUGGUUUAUUAACAGCCUAUUAUGCAACCAAAAAAUUACAAGAAGGAGGUCGAUUAAAUAUCAAAUCGAUGUAUAUUAAACGAUAUUUAAAGUUUGCUCCGAUAUUUUUGAUCGUUGUAUCAACCAUACAUUUCAUGACAAUUUUACGUUCUGGUGGAUCAACGAUGCGAGUUGUAAAACAUUUUGUGCGUUCAUGUGAAACGGGAUUUUGGAAAAGUUUAUUAUUUAUAAGUAACAUUGAUGGUAUAAAUGAUAUGUGUUAUCCACCAGCUCAUCAACUGUUAACUGAUUUUCAAUUGUACCUAGUUUCACCAUUUAUUAUCUUAUAUUUAUGGAAACAUUCUCAACAUGCUACACGGAUAUUAACUGGCAUAAUUUUAGCUUUGAGUAUAUUCAAAGCUGUUACAAUGUAUUUUAAUGGCUUAGGAUCUGUGAUAUAUUUUGGUAUCUCAUUAAAAGAAAUGAAAGCUGCAGCUGAUUCUAUGUAUUUAAAUCCAGUACAUCGGGCAACACCAUAUUUAUGUGGACUUGGUUUAGGUUAUUCUAUGCGAACAUGGAAAAAGACAUACUUAUCUUAUGAUCAUCGUAAUAUUGGAUGGUGUAUUGCAUUAAUAUGUGGAUAUUAUUCAUUUUUUGCAAUGGCUGAAUCAUCCUUACGUGGUUAUCAUUAUAAUCGAGUGCAAGAAACAGCAUAUGGUGUUGCACAACCAUUAAUGUGGAGUUUUACAAUAUGUUGGAUAAUAUACAUGUGUCAUUCUGGUUAUGGUGGUAUAUUGAACACAUUUUUAAGUAUGAAAAUAUUCCAAUUAUUCAGUCGGAUUGCAUAUCCAUUUUAUAUCAGUCAAAUAGUGGUGAUCUUUUUUGGUAUUGGUGGUGUAAAUGCACCAAUUUAUGUACGAUCAAAUGAUAUUAUUGAUUUAAAUGAAAUUGUUACAAUUAUUGGUGUAUCUGUUGCAUUAACGUUACUGUUUAUGUAUCCAGUUGGGCAUGUUUAUUCUGUAUUAAGUGAUUUACGUAUUAGGAAACAUAAUAAGAUAGCAACAAACAUUAAGGUAAAUGGUAUAUCUUUAGUACCUAAAGAAAAAAAUUGUUAAUUUAUUUUAUUUUUUUAAAUUUAUUUAUGAAAAUAAUUGUGUAAUUUAUGUAAAUAACUUGUGUACAAUU